AACUUCCUGGAUAGAAUGUGACCUUAGGAAGAAACAAAAUGGCAUUGGUAGUUGCUGCAGUCAAUUUUGGGAUACGAGAAACCUGCAUUGGUUUCGCUUUAAAGGGAGAAAAAGCCGUCCAUGCACUUAAUUUUUAUGAUGAGGAUGCAUUUAUUCAUAUGAAAGUUCCUUCAUGUGCCCUCUUGAAUCAUAAGGGUCAGCUGGAUUGUUAUGGCUUUACAGCACUUGCAAAGUUCAACGAUCUCAAAAGUGAAAGAAAAGCGUAGGAUGGAAGUAUUUUCAAACAUUUGGAGUCUAUAAAUGGCGAAAUCUACAUAUCCGAUGAAACCGGUGAACGUGUUUCUUCAAACAAACUGUUCGCAGAAAUUGUUGGGUAUCUUAAGGACAUGCUAUUCUCGCAUGUUCUUAAGCAUUUUCCCAUUACCGAUGUGACCUGGGUUUUUAGUAUUCCGGCGUCCUGGAUUCAAGGGCAAAAACAUGCCUGACAAAUUCGGGUGUACAAGUGGGACUGAGUGAUGAUCAUAUUCUCUUGAUAACGGAUGCGGAAGCUGCUUCGUUCACAUGUCUAGAGGAACUGCAUAACAUUGUAGCUAACAAAAAAUGCCUUUUGGUUAACUGGAACGAAAAUUACACUGAAUUUGCUGAAGUUGAAUCUAACUUUGAUCAGACGAUUCGGGUGACUUUCCUGGAGGGAAAACAUUCAGCCGACAUGAAUACUGUUCAAAAAAAGAUACUUUCCUUCAUGGGGAUGUUGUUAGAUGACGAUACUGGAAUUCAUUUUGACGACUUCAGAGACAAACUAGAUUUCAAAAGAAAAUUAAAAUUUCCACUGAAAUAAUUAUCCCUCGAGGGAACCGGUAAUGUGCAUUUGAACUUGCCUCUGUCUUUAGGACAACGGUUUUGUGAAAUCGAUAUGAGAAACAAACACGUUUUCGGUCCCACCGCAAAAUACAUAGGCGGUAAGCUUCGCAUGAGUAAUGAAAUGCUUGCGCCGUUGGUACUUGAAGCCUUAGAAAAUACAAUCGCAUACGUAGACGAAAUAGUAUCUAGACCAGAGAACAGAAAUUUGACGGACGUCAUUAUUUUCGGCGAUUUCGCCGAAUAUCAGAUUGCGAUAGACGCAUUACACAGAAAAUUGAAACAAAGGAUUCAUAAACCAGAGGAUGUUGAAACGGUUAUAUUGAACGGCGGAUUAUUGUUUGGGAGGUCUCCAGAGAUAGUCACUUCAAGAAUUUUGAGAAUUGCGGCUGACAAUGAGAAUGGGUCUGACAUAUGGGCUGAACCGAAGGUGACUGCAAACCAUCAGGUGUUUGCUGCCUUCGAUUUCGGAACAACAUACAGUGGAUACGCCUAUUCAGUUAAGAACACCCCGGCAGAAAUAUGGGCAAACAAAGCUUGGAGCUCCGGUGAAAAACUUCUUUCGCUGAAAACCCCAACUUCUGUUCUCCUUAAGCCAGACAAAACAUUCGAUUCUUUUGGCUUUGAAGCAGAAAACAAGUAUUCAAGUCUGGCCGAAGAUGACAAACAUGGAGACUGGAUGCUAUUCAGACGAUUCAAGAUGUUACUGCACCAAACAAAGGAUGGACUUCGCAGAGACACAACAGUUGAAGAUAUAAGCGGAAAGAAAAUGCCCGCCUUGACCAUUUUCAGCAUGGCCAUACGAUACUUGAAAGAACAGUUGAUGGAAACGCUUCGAUUGCGCAUUACUGACAUCUCACAAUCUGUCAUUUUGUUCAUGAUAACAGUGCCUGCCAUCUAGAGCGAUGGUGCAAAACAGUUCAUGAAAGAGGCGGCACUACAGGCGGGAAUAGACAGCCAGCAGGUUGGUUUAGCUCUUGAGCCAGAAGCUGCUGCUAUUUGGUGUCAACAUAUUCAAACCGACGUUAAAGGAGAGCUGUCAAAACCCGGAACGCAGUUUAUGGUUGUAGACGUUGGAGGAGGCACAGCUGAUAUUUCUGUCCAAGAAAAAAAGCCAGAUGGACGUCUGAACGAAAUCCUCCGCCCAGACGGUGGGGCGUGGGGAGAAACGAACGUGGACAAAGAAUUAUUCGACUGGCUUGGGUCGAUAUUUGGACAAAAACGAAUUCGUCAAUUCAGAGAAUCAGAGUUUGGCGAACAUCUCGAUCUUCUCAAUGAAUUUGAAAUAAAAAAGCGAUCUAUUGGUAACAACAAUGUUGUUAUACGGUUACCAUACUCAAUGAGAGAAAAUUCCAAAAAAAUUAAGAAGUCAAUCGAUAAACUCGGCCUGUCUGAAAAGGUAAGCCUGACAAAAGAUAAAUUAAAAGUUGACGCCGAGAUUGCAAAGCGCUGGUUUAAUGCGACGAUCAGCAACAUAGCAUCCCAUAUAAGCAACUUAAUACAGGAACAGUAUUUUAAGGAAGUCCGUUUAGUGAUGGUGGUCGGUGGAUUUGCAGAAUGUAAGCUUCUACAGUCGGCCAUGAUUGAAACGCUGUCGAAUGUUCGAGUUAUAAUACCAGAGGAGGCUGGUGUUGCUGUUUUAAAGGGGGCUGUGGAAUUUGCUCAGCGACCUCACGUGAUAGCUUCAAGAGUCAUGAAAUGCUCGUAUGGUAUAAACAAACCAGUCGAAUACGACGCGAAGGUGCAUGAUAGGUCGAAAGUCGUCAUUGAAAACGGGAAAAAGGUUGUUCAUCUUUUUGAACAAUUUGUGAAAAUUAACAAUGAAGUGAAGAUUGGAGAAGUGGUUGCAAAGGGUUUCAAGCCAACGUCUCUUAAAGAGACCAAGGUCGACAUUUAUUCCAGUCCUCACCCAAAUCCCCGCUAUGUUUCCGACAGAGAGUGUACAAAAAUUGCACAGAUAAAUGUGAAACAUGAGAGUGGGAAAACAGCGAAUGACAAAAUAGUUGAUGUCCUCUUUGAAUUCGGGAAAACGGAAGUAUUCGUCCGAGUUAUUCUGCGCAUUUCUGGUGAAGAGUUUGGAACCAAAUUGGAGUGUCUCUAAACUGUUUGCUAUCUGACUAGCAAAAUAAAACUUCUUCUUGUAACUAUCUGAACCUCUACAAAACCACAACAAAGUAAAAAAAGUACAAAUGAUCCUCAAUAUGUGUAUGCCAAUCAAUUAUGUGUACACUGCUUGUGUUAUACCAGAGUAAGAAUGUCAUGUUUAAAAUUGUAUUUGAUACAUAAACGUGAUACACUUUUACACAAAUGAUGUUAUGAAUGUCUGUAUUCUUCUGGGCUUUGUAUGUUGUAACAAUUGUUAGCGCCUUUGAUACAUACACAGUUUAGGGGUCUUUAGGUCUUUAAGCUUGUCCUUGUGUUUCGCUUAAAACCAUAAGUUUUCAUCUUGUUUGUUCUAUGUUAAGACAGAUCGAAACAUUUUAGUUUAAAAACAUUUUCAGCAAUAUAUUAAUUUAUGAAUAGCUGGGAAAUGUUUCUAAAGAUCACAUGACUGAUUUCAAAUGUAAUCGUAUCAGUAAGGCAUUACUGUGUUCUCCCAUGACGCUCUUUUACAUACAUUUGUUCAUACAUGUUUGAUUUCUUACCAAUAAUUAUUGUAUUUGAAGCUAUGGGUUUAUGCUACCUUUAGUGAGUAUCAGUAAGCCUGCAAAGAGCGAUUCGCUAACAACGUUUAAGUACUUCUGUAACUUGUACGGAUAGAUACAUGGACGAGUAAAAUGACACAAAGUGUUCCGCUAUAUCAUGAUCAUAAUUACUGAAGGACGAUGACAAGUCGUUUAUAAUAUGUUUAUAAUAUGUAUUCUAUAGUAUUGGUGAAGUUGAAAAUGAAUGAUAUGGUAAAACAAACUGUUAUUAAUGAAUAAAACAUGUAACAACUGCUGUUUCACUUCACGAUAAAACGGUAGUGUUACAUGUGUGUCAUCAAUAUAUUCUCAUAAAACGAUAGUAUAAUAGCAACUAUGUUGUUAAACUGUUUUCUUAUAUGGUGUAUUAAUUUUUCUUUGAUAAAAUACAUAUAUUUUCAUGGACUUAUGAGUCGUGUAGUUUGGAGAUAUUAUGUCGUGAACUGUAAAUGAAGUACUAAAUCAUCACUAGUACAUCGUAUGUUAUAUAUCUGAUGGUUUAUUAUAUCUAUACAUUGUGACCACGACUGGAGUUUUUAAUUGAAAAUUAUGUUUUUCAUUU